AUGGCCAAGCGACACGCGGAGCCGCUAGUGUGUCACGUGCCCUGGAAGCGUUUCCUACCCGAACCGCCUCCGCUGCUCCGCGCGCCCGGGAGGCGCCCGCGGGACGGCCCCGAGCUGUGGAGCCCUGUCCGCGCGGUACCUGGGGACCCUGACAAGAAGCGGAAACUGGAGGAGGCCGAGGCGCCUCCGGGGAAGCGGCCUGGACUCAAGGGCAACAGGCGCGGGGGGGAGCCCGGAGACCCCGCCAGCCCGGGAGGGAGGAGGCAGCAGCAGCGCGGGGGAGACGUAGGGCCCCGGGCGGAACAGGCGAUGCGGGCAGGCGGUGUCGGCUUGGGGGCGCGAAGCCCGGAUCCUCGGGGGGAAGAGCGGGGAACCGAGGAGCAUGAGGAAGAAUUUUGGCAAUACAACUCAUUCCAGUACUGGAGAGCACCGUUACCUGCUAUUGAUCUGUCUGUCAUUCUGGACUUAGAUGGGGAGAAUAUGACAGAUGCCAGAACUACUUCCAGGACUGAAAUCAUAGAGACUGAAAUGGAGACCUGA